AUGUCUAGUGAAGAAAGUAUAGAUCAAGAAACACAACAAAAUCAAGGAGAGUGGCUAAAUUUGAGCCUGGGCAGUAAUCAACCACAAACAAUCAUCGAAGACGAGGUGCAAACAAGACUUGCUCCAGCCAAGAUUUUCUCAUGCAAUUUCUGCAUGCGAAAAUUCUACAGCUCUCAAGCGCUAGGUGGGCACCAGAAUGCACACAAAAGGGAGAGAGGCGUAGCAAAACAUUACCAGUCGCACAAAAUGAUGACGAUGAUGGCUAUGCCUUCCAUGUUCAGAUCGCUUGGCGUGCAAACUCAUGCCCUCGUGCACAAACCAGGCAAAGAUGUGAAUGCAAGACUCGGCACAGCAUGCCAGCCUGGCAAAAGCCAGGAAGCUGCAGAUUUGAUGUGGCCCGGAAGCUUCCGGCUGGAUCCACAACUUCCAGAGCAGAAAUCAUCAGUGUCGAAUAAGCUCGACUUGAGUCUUAAACUGUAA